CCAUUAUGCCGCCACCAGCCCUGCGAGCUCUCUUCCGACACACGCCCACCGUCGCACCCGUCCCGCACAGGUCCAUCCUUUCGGUCUCUGGCUCCGAUGCGCCGCACUUUCUGAACGGUAUUCUCUCCUCGACCGUUCCGCUUGCGCAACGAAAUCCGUUCUUCUCUUCCUUCUUGCAUGCCCAGGGAAGAGUGCUCUACGAUGUCUUUGUAUACACCCAGACCGACCCGAUGAAAGGGGGCGAGAGCUACCUCAUAGAGUACGAUGCACGGUCGCCCGAAGCGCCGCCGCUCAUGCCUAUGCUGAAGCGGUACGUCCUGCGUUCGAAGGUAAAGAUCCGCGACGCGUCGGAUCAGUAUGACGUCUGGGCGUCCUGGGGGUCUGAGAAGGAGAGCAUCUGGGAGACUCCGAGGAAGUGGAAUUUUGCUCGGAGCGGUGCUAUCGAGCCCGUCUGGGAUGCCUCCGAGGGUUGGCCGUGGGGUGCGGAGGACUGUCUUAUCCGGGACAGACGCGCCGUGGGUAUGGGGCAUAGGAGGCUUGUGAGGAAGGGCGACAGACCGCCCGAGGCCGCUACCCACGACGAGGCUCAGCAUGAUGCCUACUUGCUUCACCGGAUACUGCACGGUGUCCCCGAGUCCAGUACGGACAUUGUGCCCAUGCAGGCCUUCCCCAUGGACUCGAAUUUGGACGUAAUGGGUGCAUUGGAUUUCCGGAAGGGAUGUUACGUCGGUCAGGAGCUGACAGUUCGCACGUACCAUACCGGCGUUGUCAGAAAACGGGUCCUUCCUGUGAUUAUCCACUCAGGUGAUGAGGCCCCCUUGAAGACAGGGACCUUACCGGCAAACGGAGCGACCUUCCAGCCAGGCCUUGAUGUUCGCGCUUCCGUCAACCAUUCACCUGAUGACAGCAGACCGAUGCCACGGCCGCGAGGCACCGGGAAGUUGCUGAGCUCCACGCAAGGAGUGGGCCUCGCUCUAUUACGGUUGGAGCACGUUGAGGGCUGGGAGAAGGGCGAUAUCGGUCUGUCAUUUGAGGAAGGUGAACAGAAGACCAAUUGGUCAAUCUCCCCUUGGUGGCCCGACUGGUGGCCACGACAGACAGAAUAGAGCUACUCGCAGUCCGUGUAUUGUAUUUGGCACUUACCUUCCGGAUGAAGUACUAUCGAGGACGCAGUCAGCGUUCUGGCAUGCUCGGUUUGGGCUCCCUGUAAAAUCCCCGAGAACCGCG